AUGGAGCGCUGGUACCGCCACCUGCAGGCCCUCCUGGGCAAGAGCGACCUCGCCCUGCAGGUGCGGCUGCCCGGGUCCUGCCCAAAGUUCGAGGACUUUCGCGGCCUCCAGCUGACGCCCGACAAGUACGAACUCACCGUCGAGGAGGAAGAGGACGCCCUGCGCGAGUGGUCCGACAGCUGUCUGUGGUGGUGGGACGAGAUCAAUUUGCUCAACGAGAAGAGCGCCGCCGAGGCGAAUGCCGCCUCACGCCCCAACGCGCCGUUUCAGACCACCAACUGCAACUCCGACCACGGCACCGGGGACGGAGGGGGUGAUAGGUUCGUGGUGACGUCCUCUGAUCACGUGGAGCCGAUAUGGUUUAAUCACCACCCAUCCUAUUUGGCCGGCGUUAAUCCGUGUAGCGGUGAUGGGGACCUGCUCCUAAUAGAGGCUCUGCGCGAGUCUCAUCAGGGGCAGCUAAUACUAGACGAGGACAAAUUGACAGAAGCGUGUGGGCGUCAAUUGCUAAUGGAUAUUGAUGACGACGAGGAAUAA